AAUCCUGGGUAUGGUACGGUAGAAGAUAGCGAUGGUCGAACUGUGAAGAUGAAAUUAUACAGACUGAUGAGGAUUAAAGAUUCUUUUCAACGUUAAGAAUGUGAUCAACACUGAUGGUAUGUUGGAAUAGGAUAUCGUUCGCUAUAAAGGAAGGAAACUGACGCAAAAACAUUUAUGUAGGGAUAUGUUAUCACAAGAAGAAACUUUAUUCCAGUAGAUGAAGGGAAAACAGCGCCAUCAACAGGAAUUUCUCAGACAGUUAAGUGUAUGAAGAGGAGAAAAUAUGUACCAAACUCUUUAUUAUUACCAAGCUGUUAACUUUUUAAACUACACACUUACGUAAACAAGUUUCUGAUUCUGUCCUUAACAAAUUGAAAAUCUAGCUGUAUUCGUUCAUGUUGUCUCUCUUCUUGAUAUAUAUGUGUAGUAGACACAGUUAAUUAAAAGCGAUUCUCUGCAUAUUGUGUCAAACUACAUAAAAAGUUGGAAGAAAUUAUUACCGAGUAUGUUUUCUUACCCUAGGUGCGAAUUAAACAACACAAGUCUGUAUAUGUUCUAGAAAAACGUAAACCGUGUUUCGCCGUCACAGUUUCUCUCAGAAAAUUGUGAUAUAUUUCGGUCAAAGUAUAUACCUUGACUUGACUGUAGCUUCUUAGGAUUGAUUACUGCAUGUUAGUAUACAAAAUUGCAACAGUCAUUACACAGGGAUAAACCAGUGAGAAGACAAAAUAUAACGAAGUUAAAACACACCAAAAUCAAAGCUGGAAAUACAUCGGGUUUAUCGAUGUUUAUUAGUCAUUGUAAGUUAAACUUUUUAUGCCUCAUCUAUAUGCAUUGCUCUAUUAAACGUUUUGAUAGCAGGUUCAAGCAACAUAUUUGAGUAUUCUGUGACACAUAUUAACGACAGCCUUACUAGGAAUAUUUGUUGCUAUAAGCCUAACACUUUCAUCACAAUAUGCGUGGGUCGGCUGAGACCCCGUUCCUUAAAAGAGACGACAUGUCUAUAGACCAAACCCGUCCGGCCGGUCUUGGAAAGGAAAGGGCGUCAUACAUAUUUAAAUGGUGGGAAGGGCCACAGCCUGUACUUGUAGCAGCUCUCAAGUGGGAACUCGUCAUUUCAGCUCUCAAAGCUGCGUCUAUUACAUCGAUAGUGUUAGCUCUCGGAAUCACUUUGAUAGGAACAUAUUUGUUCACAAGCAGCGGAACAGCCCGGCCAGUAGAACCCGACUGUACUCUUCUUCAAGCUCCCUUCGCUGGCCGCCAGUUUACCUGCGAGGCCAAGAACCAUUGUCCACUCGAUUGGAUUCCAAGUCUUGCAGCUGUUGUAACUUUAGUGGACGUUUUCUUUGCCGCUUUAUUCGGCGGUUUGUUGGCGCUCAGUAGCUCCAACAUGCAUUCACGUCGUCAACUCAAGGGAUCCCGGCAGCAGCCGGAGCCGGACACUCUUGUUCAGAGCAGUUCUUCCACCUCCUCACAAGAGUUCCGAUCAUCCUUCAGCUCGAGCGAAGUCAGGACCUCACAAACGUCACGGGUCAUCCGUAAAACCACGACUAUGGUACAAGGUGGUGACCAGCAGACUGUCACUACCAACGUGGUGUCACCGGGUCGUACAAUCACAACACAACAUAUGGUCAAGCAGGAAUCGUCGUCGUCUGUAGGUCGCACUGAUCGUACCGACAAAACCCGGAAAGUCCAGGGUCCGAUAAAGAGUUCAACUUCUCGAAAGGUCCUGGCCACAACAACUCCUGGGAACAAACGAAUCACCACGAAAACAGUGGAAAAAAUUGAGAAGAAACAGAAGAUAUCAGAUAUAAUUGGACAGACUGAUGAAACAAUAUCAGCCAGAGAUGCACUCUUAAACUGGGCACAGCGUAUGACUGACCUCUAUCCUGGGGUCACAGUUAUAGAUUUUACAAGCAGUUGGAGAGAUGGUCUUGCUUUUAAUGCCAUAAUUCACAGAAAUAGGCCUGACCUUAUUGAUUGGAGGUCACUGAGGGCAAAUUCUCCUCAUGAGAAUCUGGAAUUAGCAUUUUCAUUAGUGGAGAGAGAAUAUGGAGUAACCAGACUUCUAGAUCCAGAAGAUGUGGACACACUAGAGCCUGAUGAGAAGUCACUUAUCACCUACAUCUCUUCUCUCUAUGAUGUAUUUCCUGAGCCCCCAGCCUACCACCCAUUUGCUGAUAAUGACAAACUUCGGAAGCUAGAAGAAUACAAAGAACUGGCUAGCAUAUUACAUUUGUGGAUGCGAGAAACGAUAAUGAUGCUUCAGGACCGAACUUUUCCUAAUACUCUAGUAGAGAUGAAAGCUUUUCUAGCAGAAUGUAACAGAUUUAGAGUAGAGGACAUCCCACAAAAACUCCAUGACAAACAGAAACUCUCCAGUCUCUACAGAGAUAUACAGAAAAUAUUCAGAGAAACAGGUUCAGUAGAGAUAGAAUCAGAGUUAGAAAUUGACACAAUUGAGAGAAACUGGAAUCGACUUAUGGUGGCUCAUCAAGACAGAGACCAAGCAGUUCAUGAUGAAAUUAACAGAUUAGAGAAGCUUCAGAGACUUGCUGAAAAACUUCACAGAGAAGCCAAACAGUGUGAUGGGAAACUAGAUGAUAUAGAUAAGAGAAUAGCUGAGGAAGAAAAAAGGGUGCAAAGACUUCAUCCCACAGAUGCCAUUUACAUAUGUGAUCAGAUUGAAGCUGAGCUGAAACUCAUAGAAGAGAACAUUCAAACAAUGUUUCAGGAUGUGGGGACACUUCGAGAUGGACGAUACCAUCAGACUCAUGAACUGUACAAGAGGGUGCAGAACAUUCAACAAAGGUGGCUUAAUAUUCGUUUGAGCUUCACAUCCAGAUUAUUGACUCCAUUGUCAUCUCGUACCUUCAAGACUGAAGAACGCCAAGUGACAAAGCAACGACAAGUUGUGUCUGAGAGACGUCUGGUAGAAACAAAUGAUGCAUUCAAGUUUUUACAAGAGUGUUUGGACUGGGUGAAUGGAAAAUUGAAACUCCUUUAUGCUGCAGAAUAUGGUAGUGACCUUCCAAGUGUCAAGUCUUUGUUAGAAAAUCAUCAACUUGAACACCAGUCUAUUGAUCAGUUCCACGUGAACAUUGACCAAUGUGGAACAAGAAAGCAUCAGUUUCAAGGUGAUGAACAAGAGCUAUAUUAUAGACUGUUCAGUAAAUUAGAGAAGAGCUACACAGAACUUAUGGUUAUGUCCAAUAAACGUUUGAUGGACCUGGAGACAUUGUUAGACUUUAUUCAGUCUGCCACAAAUGAGCUGAUGUGGAUGAACAAGAAAGAGGAGACAGAAGUCACUCGAGACUGGAGUUCGAAAACCUUGGAUGUUGUUGAAAUAGAGCAGUACCAAGAAACCCUGACUUCUGACCUGGAAAAGAGGGAAAUUCAGUUCAAUGCAGUUACAGACAGAGGACAAAGCCUGCAGCUACAGAAGCAUCCAGCUACAGAAUGCAUUGAGGCUUACCUUGCAGCAAUGCAGUCCCAAUGGUCUUGGCUUCUCCAACUGACCAUUUGCUUAGAGGAGCACUUGAAGCAUUCCUCUGCAUAUCACCAGUUUUUCAUGGAAGCAAGAGAAUGUGAACAGUGGCUAGGUCGAAUAGAAGAUCGUUUGAAUACGACCUUCAGUCGCAAAACAUUUCCUAUAGAUGAAGGAGAACGACUGUUAAUGCAAAUGUUAGAGCUCAGGGAAGAUAUGAUGCACUAUAAGAACAUUGUUCUUUCUCUUGUUGACCGAAGUAAGGAGAUAGUCCCACUAAAGCAAAGGCGACAGCAUCUUCCGAAACCCCUAAAAGUCACAGCAAUCUGUUCUUACAAGCAGCUAAAUAUGACAGUAUCUAUAAAUGAACACUGUUGGCUUCAUGACAACAGCCAGAAAAUAAAGUGGAAAGUAAUAAAUUCUGCUGGGACUGAAGGUAUGGUCCCCGGGGUUUGUUUUGUGAUCCCACCUCCAAACACUGAAGCAAUAGAUCUGGCACAAAGCUUGAACAAGAAGUUUGACAAUGUCUUAACCCUAUGGUUUAAGAAACACCAUAAACUAAGGCAAAACAUGAUUUUCUCGACAGUAAGGGUCAUCAAAUCUUGGGACUUCACAACAUUCCGCAGCAUGGAACCAGCUCAGAGAGAGUCCAUUCAAAGAGCCUUAAAAGAAGAUGGACAGAAACUUGUGGAUGAAGGAGACACCAAUGAUCCAGACCUCAAACGUUUGCAGGAAGAGAUCAACAUCUGUAACAAAUUGUUCCAAGAUUUCCUCAAGAGAUUGAAGGGUGAUGAAGUGGACAGAACCUCGGGUAGCAGGUUUACUGACCUAAUAAGCUCACUACAAAAUUCAUUGAAUGAAAAAGAAAAGAUUCUUCAGAACCGAUCACAAGAACCAAUUCCCCGUGACCUAGAUACCUUGGAGACCCAAGUGAUGGACCACAAAGGAUUUGAAACAGAUUUAAAAUCACUAGAGCCACAAAUAGAAGAGAUGAAGGACCAGUUUCAAUCUAUGGCCAAAAAAUCACCUGUUUUACAAAAUCGCCAUGAUACAGUGAUAGAAAUCUGGGAAAGAACUUGGACUCUCUCGCAUCUUUACAUUGAGAGGUUGAAAUCUGUGGAAAUCAUACUGACUGUUCUAGACGAAGCCACAAAUGUUGUGACCCAGAUGGAGAUCCAAUUGGUAAACUAUGAAAACCUCUCAGCAGACAGGACAAGUCUUAGUAAGACACAUGAGCAACUUAUGAAACUUCAAGGGCAGAUACAACAGGGGCAGAAUGUAAUUGAUCAACUAAAUAAUGACUUGACCAAUGUCCAACGAUUGACCGAGUGCACUCGUCCGAAACAAGUAAAACACCCAGAUAUUAAGAAACUGGAAGAUGAUGUGAAGAAGAUCACUAAACGAUGGGAUAAUGGAUGCUCUCAAGUUGUGGAAAGGCUACGAAGUUGUGAAGCAGCUUCUGAACUUAUCAGAACAUAUCGAACGAAACUUGACAAAGAUGAACAACCAUGGAUGAACCAGAUGCUUACUCAAGUUAAAAAACUUAAACCAGUUAAUUCAAUGACUCCCCAGGAAGCUGAGAAACAGGUUCAAGAUAUUGUGGAACUUUAUAACUCUGUAUCACAAAGAAAAUCCUCCAUUGAACAUACUAACACCCUGGGAGGAAGGUAUGUUCGAGAAGCCAAGAUAUAUGAUUUGAGACUAAAACAUUACAGAGAAAGCCUGGAAGAGGUUCAUCCAAGUUUGGAUGCCAGUAUUCCUAAGAAGGCAAAAGUAGUAGUGGGUGCUGAUGUUAUUAGCCAAGAACUUGAUGUCUUAAACAAGCAGUACAGUGAUUUGGUAGACAAAAUCCUACAGUACUUAAAUGAGUUAAGGGAGUAUCUAUCAGGACAAAAGGACUACAAGUGUUCCAUCACCAUCAGUCGUGCUGUUCCCAUCACUCCUCGUUCCUUCCGCUCUGAACUGAUCAUGGACCAGGCUUCUGUACAGGAACCAAUGGACAUGGAUGACAGAUAUUACUCUGUCCAGGAAGGCUACACUACACUUACAUACACAACACAGGAUAAAGUUAUUCCUGAGCAUGGUACAGAAACUCGAAAAUAUUUCACCACGGUAACAGAACCUACCACAGUUUCAAAGCGACAAGAAACUACACGAAAGCCAAGUGAAGAUUUAUCCUCUCCACAGAAAAGAUUAGCUGGCACAUCCAUGACAAUUAAAGAAGUCAGAAGUACAAGACGGUUAGAAAAAACUGACCAGGUACCAAGUUUUGAAUAUGUAACAGCUGUCAGAGGUAUUGCAAAUCCUAAAACAGGAGAGUUACUGACAAUGACUGAAGCCAUUAAAUUAGGUAUACUGAAUAUUAAUACUGGUCAAUAUACAGACCUUCGGACAGACAAGCGCAUGAACCUACAAGAUGCGGUUUCUAAAGGAUUGAUUGAUGGAGACUUUGUAAAUCGUAUUACAGAAGUUUGUGGUAUUAUUGAUGUGAAAACAGGUAUAGAGUUGACACUAAUUGAAGCCAUCCAGAAGGGAUUAUUUGACCCUGAUAAAGGAACAUUUAUUGAUCCAAAGCAAAGAAUACCUAUAACAAUUGAUGAAGCUAUUCAUUGUGGAAUUGUCAGAGAAGACAAAGUACAGACAUUGAUUGAAAUGAAAAUUGUCAAGAUUUCUAAAUUGACUAUAACAGAAGCUGUACAGAAGGGAUUACUGGACCCACAAACAGGACAAUUCAGAGACCCUAAGACACACCAGUUAAUUUCUUUGAAGGAGGCUUUUGAAAGAGGAUUUCUAGAAGUUGAAGUUUCUGCAUAUAGUGAGGGAGGUAUUCCAUUGGCAGAAGCCAUAGAUAGAGGUAUGGUGAAUGAUAAGGCAGGACAGAUAGUAGACAAAGACUCGGGAGAAAGAUUUACAAUUGAUGAGGCUAUCAACCGAGGUAUUAUUCGACGUGAUGUCCGUGAAGUGGUUAACACACAAUCUGAGGAAAUCUUGAGUGUCCCCCAGUCCCUUUCUCAAAAUGUAAUUAAUGCUCAGAGUGGAAGAUACAUCAACAAGGCCACCCAGGAAUGUCUUACUUUUCAGCAAGCCUAUGAUAAACAAUUCAUAUUGAGACCAUUAACAUUGAAAGAUGCUUAUGAACUAGAUCUGUUAGAUGAGACAGGAAGAGUGACAAAUCCAGUCAGUAAGCAAAAACUAACAAUAAUUGAUGCAAUUGCAAAGGGAAUAUUAAAUAUCGAAGUCAAGUCAAUCAUCCAUCCAGAUAAUGAGGAGUUACUUACAUUACCAGAAGCUUUAGAAAAGGGUGUUCUUACGCCACAUGGACAAUUUGUUGACUCUAAAGGAGAGCUCAUCAGUCUUAGCCAAGCUGUUAACAAAGGUCUCAUUACAUCAGUUUGUCACAAAAUGAUAUUUGACAUUGAAGGCAUCAAGAACCCUGUUACAGGUGACAACAUAAGUUUUAAUAAUGCGGUAAGCAAAGGUUUCAUUGACUUAAAAACUGGAAAAUUCAGAGAUACCACGAAAGGAGGAAUUAUGACAUUUGAUGAAGCAACCACCAGAAAGUUUAUUCAGCCUCAAAUUACAGAAAUGAUGAAUAAAAAAAUUGGAGUAAAAGAUGAUAAAGGAAAGGAAUUGACUAUUCUUGAAGCUGUUUUUAAAGGUUUGCUAGAUGCUAAAACAGGACAAGUAAGAGAGCCAAGAACAAAGAAGCCACUUCCAUUAAAAGAGGCUAUAGAGAAAAAUAUAAUAACACCAGAGGGAGCAGCCAUUUUAAAGAGUUUGCUUAAUAUUACUGUAACAUUGGCAACAGUCACCAAAACGAUAACACGAUAUGUUACGGUAACCAGUCAAGGAGUGACUUCAGAUGUUAAAAUCACCUUCCAAGAUGCUAUGAGGAGAGGAUUGAUUGAUGAAACCCAUGGAACCUUCAAAGAACCUAAUACAGGAGAAAUAAUGCCCUUAGAAGAAGCCAUCAAUAGAGGAAUUUUAGGACUUACUUCUGAAUGGCCAACUGAAACACCUCAAGAAAUACCUGGGUACCCAACUGAACCAUACACUACAGGAUUUCAUAGGACUACUAUAACACAUAGAGAGAACAUCUCUCCUCUUCCUGAAAAAGAAUUACUACCAACUGUUUCAAAAAAAUCAAAUAUAGAAUCCUAUACAAAAGAACUUCCAACUUCACCAAAAGAGAGUUCUAAAAAAGGACCAUCAGCUCAUCAAUACCCUAAAAAAGAGUCACCUGGUAAGGAGAGCCCAAGGAAUAAGAAGGAGUCCCCCUUCAAAGAACCCUCUCCACAAGGCAAAAAGUUUCCUAUAAAAGACAUUUCAGAGCCUACAAAUGAGGAUGCAAAACCCAAGAAACCUUUUUCAAUAAUCACACCAGAUGAAUACCAACCAACAGAAGAUAAAUCUUACAUUUUUAAACAGGUACUUAAACAUGACACAAUAGAUGUUAAAUUUCCUGAAGAUAGUCUUGAAACGCAGGCACCAAAUGAAAAACCUUCUGUUCCAGCCAGAGAAGAGCCUCGUAAGGCAAGACAGCCAUCUCCAACAAAGGAAGAACCUGGUAAAGGAAGACAGCCAUCCCCAACAAAAGAAGAACCUGGUAAAGGAAGACAGCCAUCCCCAACAAAAGAAGAACCUGGUAAAGGAAGACAGCCAUCGCCAACAAAAGUAGAGCCUUUUAAAGGUAGAAAACCAUCAGAAGAUGAACCUUUUAAAAGUGAAGAACCUUCACCACUACCUUCAAAAGAAGAGCCUGUUAGAGGAAGAAAACCAUCACCAACUAGAGAAGAACCUGUUAGAGGAAAAGAAACACUUCCAGUGAAAGAAAAACCUAUGACUGUAGCAAAAUCUUCUCCUACCAGAGAUGAACCCAUUAAAGAUAGAAAACCUUCUAUAACCAAGGAAGAAGUUUUUAAAAGCAGAGAACCUUCUCCAGGCAAGGUACAACCUGUAAAAGAAAGAACCCCAUCCCCAACAAAAGAAGAACCUACAAAAGAAGUAAAGCCUUGGCCAUCAAAAAGUUUGCCAUUUGAAAAAGAUGUUAAAGAAUUAACAUCACCAGUAAAAGUAGAAAAACCUGAUGAUGAACCAUUGGAUUAUACUGACAAACCAGAAAAACAGUCAUGGUCUGUUACCAUUGAAGAACAUCAGAGAGAGACUACAUCUUUAAUUAUAGAGCCACAACAAAGGACAUACAGACCAUCUUCUCCUUCAAAAGAACCUGCCAAGAGAAUUUCAUUUCCAUCAAAAGAAGAACCAACAGAAGAAAGUACUUCAUCACCAACUAAGGAAGAACCAGAAAGAAAAGUUAAAUUCCCAACUAGAGAACUAGAGAAAAGAACACCAUUUUCUGUUAAAGAAGAGACAGUUAAAGGAAGAACUCCAUCAUUAACUAAAGAGGAACCUAAAAGAAAAGUUUCAUCUCCUACCAAAGAACCAGAAAGAAUGACUCCCUCUCCAACUGAAGAAGUGCAACUUAAAGAACCAGAGAGAAAAGUUUCGUCUCCAGUUAGAGAAGUAGAUAGGAAAACGCCAUCUUCUACAAGAGAACCACUAACUAGAAAGAAAUCCCCAUCACCAACUAAAGAAGAACCAGAGGUUAUUGCAUCUUUGGCUAAAGAACCAGAAAAAAUGACACCCUUUUCUAUAAAAGAACAACCUUUGAAAGGAAAGACUCCAUCUUCAACUAAACAAAGACCAGAAGAAAAACUUCCCUUAUUAACAAAAGAAAAACCAGAGGAAAAAGUGUCAUCACCAGUUAAAGAACCUGAGAAAAAAUAUCCCUCUCGAACAAAAGAACCAACAACUAAAGGAAAGACUCCACCACCACCUAAAGACGAAACAGAAAAAGAUUCAUAUCCAGUUAAAGAACCAGAGAGAAGAUAUCCUUCUCCUAGCAAAGAAACACCAUUGAAAGGAAGAACUCCAUCACCAACUAAAGACCAACCUGACAGAAAAUACCCACUUUCUAGUAAAGAUCUAGAUAGAAAAACACCAUCACCUGUAAAAGAGUUACCAUUCAAUGGUAGAUCACCAGCUAAAGAAGAACCAGAAAAAAAGACGAGGUAUUUUGUUAAAGAACCAGAGGUAGAAAGUCCCAAAUCACUUUCUCCUAAAAAAACACAAACAGAACAGAAACCAGAAAUUAGUCAUAUAGUAUACACUAAUGGUACUAAUGGAGUGGAAGAAACAACAGUGACAUCAUUUAUCACUAAGUACAUUGAAACCUUUGAGGUACCUCCAGAUGGAUGGUUUUUAAAAGAAGCUGUUGACCAGAAACUGUUUGAUACAGAAACAGGAUUGUUUACAAUACCAGGAACAGACAGAUUAGUAUCUUUUGAGGAGACUAUUAGAUUGGAGAUAAUCAAUCCAAAAUCUGCCUCAGUAGUAGAACCCUCUACAAAACGGACAGUUUCUUUGUUGAGGUCCCUGGAGAAGGGGAUACUGGACUCCACUGGUCAUUAUGUAGACAGCAAAACUAAGGGCAAAAUCAGUAUGAAAGAAGCCAUUAAGAAAAAACUAAUAAUCUUGGAAGAUAGGAUUGAUGUUGUUGAUGUAACCCAACAAAAAACCACGAAGGUGAUCCAUAUCACACAAAUGGAUGGUCAGCCUGAUCAAGUGACCAUGGUGACAGAAGGUGGAUUUGACAAACCUGUCCCCACUCAGUGGGGAUUGGACAUAUUGUCAGAUGUAAGAGGAUUUCCAAAGGUAAGGACUGAAGAAAAAGUUGUUAGUGUUACUACGACUGAAUACAUAGAAAUAGCUCCAAAUAUAUACUUUGAACCAGGUUCAGUUGUAAUUCUUGAUAAAAUUAAUGGGGAAAAGCUAGAUCUGAUAACAGCAGUUAGGUUAAGUAAAAUUGAUGGUAAGUUAUUUACUGUUCAAGAACCUAUAUCGGGUAAGAACAUUUCAUUGGAUGAGGCUAUUAGGAAAGGGGUCAUAGAUAGACGUACAGGGGACUACAUUGAUGACAAAUUAGGUAAAAAAGUUCCAAUUAAAGAGGCAGUUAAAGAUGGUUUAAUCAAGCUUACAGCUACACCAGUUAGUACUGGAACUAAAGUAAUAAAAACAGUUAAAGGUAGUUCAGAGCCUGGCACCACCACCACUACAGAGCAUGUCUAUUAUAGUGUUACCACCACUACCACCACCACCACAGAAUCAGGGGUUACUCAAGUGAAGGUAGUUGACUCACAGACGGGAGGGGAAGUUCCUUUAAUUGAAGCAAUAAAUAGGGGACUUUUAGAUUCUGAUUCUGUUAAACAGUUCAUUCAGAAGGAUAGUAUAGAAGGUCCAACCAAGAUAUCUGAAGAAACAAUAAAAAUCAAUAAAACAUCAACUUUGUAUGUGCAAGAUCCAACUACUGGUGCAGAAAUACCUCUUGAUGAAGCAGUAGACAAAGGAGUAAUAGAUGCAGACACAGCUAAUGCCUUGAGAGGUAGCUGGAAGAUUCCAGAAAAGAGUAUGCGAACAGCAACAACAUUUACACUUGAGGACCCCAACACUGGAGAGACUAUUCCUUUGGAGACUGCAGUGGAAAAAGGUUUGAUAGAUUCUGAAACUGUUGAAAAAAUCCAUAAAGGAGAAGUCACAGAAAUCAUCAUCACAACAAGAAUCACUGUCAUUGACUCUGCUACAGAUCAGAAAGUACCCUAUGAAGAAGCUGUCAAGAAAGGUCUAAUAAAACCUUCAACAGAAAAAGAAACACCCAUAAAAGUUCUAGGCCAAGAGACUAUCAAACUUUCAAAAUCUCCAAGCAAAAUUCCUCGAGGUUCAUUCACUGAACCCCGGUUUGAGGUCACAAUUGGCAGAGCACAUUCACAAACAUCUACCAGAAGGGAAGGUAUGGUGUUGCAGAAAGUUCGUCGUAGGAUUAUGUCCCCAAGGGAAGCAGCUAAAGAAGGAAUUCUUGACAAUAACACAGCAAAGAUCUUAACAGAAGCAGAAAAUCUGAAAGGUCCAGAUGGAAAACCAGUGAAUCUGACUGAAGCACUCAGACUUAAACUAAUUGAUGGCAAUACAGGGGCAAUUCCUGAUCCUUGCAAAGGUGAAAACUUGACCAUCAGAGAAGCACUUGACAGUGGUCUCUUAGAUUCAGCUAGUGGGAAAUUGAUUAUUCCUGUUGGUCGUAGUCUGACUUUGCCAGAAACAGUUUCUCAAGGUCUUAUGCUUCCCUUAGAGCAAAGAAUCAUCCAUCCUGAAGUUGGUGUUAAGUUGACUCUUGAGGAAGCUCUUCUCUGUGAAAUAAUCAAUCCCCUCUCUCAAGUACUUGAGCCUGUGGUCAAAAAAUAUUUAACUCUAGAAGAAGCUAUAGAAAAGGGUGUCAUUGAUCGAACAACAGCAGAAGUUAGUACUGCUAGUGGUAAAGUCAGUCUUGUGAAUGCUGUUCAGAAACACAGAGUAUUUGAGAAACCAAAGAUGAUUCUUACAGAAUACUUGCCAUUGUUAGGAUUAACAUUCCCUGUUGCUCUUCAACAAAGUUUUAUUGACACCAAGACUAAAGAAUUUAUUCACCCUGUUACUACUAAGCGUAUUCCUCUGAGAGAGGCCAUUGACACUGGAGUUAUUAUGACACUACCAAUUUUGCCAAUUUUAGAUAGUGUAGAGGUGCUGGAGGCCUUGGACAAACACUUGAUUAACCCCAAAAAAUGUACAAUGAAACAUCCUAAAACAGGGGAUGAACUACCAAUAAAACAAGCUGUUGACACUGGACUGUUGCAGAUGAAGCCAAUUCCUCCACAUUCAGUAUUUGUAGAAACACAUAUCCCUACACAGGUUACCACCUCACAGUCAUCUUCAGUCUUGCACACAGUUGUGGAGUCCCAAACAAUUGAGUUACAACCUGGAUACAUUAUGACAAGUCCAGAUCAUGUACAAGAUACUCUAUCAGGAGAAAUAAUUUCCAUCAAUGAAGCCAAGACUCGUGGAAUUGUUAAGAUUGAUACUCGAACAGUGAAAACCACAGAACCAUUGACAAUUUCUCAGGCUGUAGAACGUGGACUCGUCAAUCUAACUGAGCGAAUAUUUACUGAGCCAGUUACAGGAAAAGAAAUUCCCAUCUCUCAAGCUAUUUCUGAAGGUUAUUUACAAGCAGUAGAAGAAACACAAAUAACAGAAAUUACUAAGUACACCAUCUCACAAGUAUUUAAAUUCUUAUAUGAAGAAAAAACGCAAAAGUUUAGGCAUCCUCGUACACAGAAACUGGUGACUCUUGAAGAGCUAAUAAGACAGGGAUUUGUAAACUUGGAUGCUGUAAUAUAUGAUACAAAUACUGGACAGCUCAUGACCACUGCAGAGGCAAUUAAUGAAGGCAAAAUAGAUAUCAAGACUGGGAAGAUUCUAAAUCCAAGAUCUGGAAGUAGAAUAACUGUAAUAGAAGCAAUACAAAUUGGAAUUAUAGCUGUUAUUGAUACACCAGUUAUUGCAGGUAUGACUGUUGUAGAAGCAGCAAAAAGUUUAAUCUCAAAGGAAAAGCCUAAACCUGAGCCUUUUAGCACACAAAAGAAAUCUCCAUCACCACCACCCAAACCACGUGCACCAAUUCCUAGUAGAGAAAGAAAGCCUUCUGUUCCCAAGGAAGAGAAACCAACAAAGAAACCAGCAUCUCCAACCAAAGAAAGAAAAAGCGAUCUACUAACAGACAGAAAACCAGUAUCACAACAUGAAGGUGAUUUUCCCUCACCAACAAAAGACAAAAGUUCUCUUCAUGAUGAUACAGAAUUUGUUAAAUCAGAAAUUACUGUCACAGAAUCAUACACAGAAUUCAAGAGAGACUUUGAAACUCCAUUGUUCAUAGGACGUCAUGUGCCCUUGUCGAAAGCUGUUGAUAGUGGGUUAAUAAACCCUGACACUACUUACAUUAUAAUCCUUAGUACUGGUCAAAAACCAAAAGUUCGAGAUGCGUUGAAAGACUCUGUUGUUCCAGAAGAUGCUAUUGUUGAAAUCCUUAGCAAAACUGAUGUUAUGUUAGUAGAAGAAAGACCUGAAAUGCCCACAUCUUUUUCAGUCACUUUUGCUAUUCAACAAGGGUUCUAUGAUCCAGAUUCAGAGAGUUUUAUCAACCCUCAAACUAGUCAGCCCACCUCAUUUACAGAUCUCUUGGCUAUGGGAGUAAUAGAGCCUUACAGAAUCAAGGUUAAAGAUCUUAGGUUAGGGCACUUUGUUCCUCUUCCAGAAGCCAUAAGGAAAGUGUUGAUUGACAAGAACACUGGUCAGAUGGUAAACCCUAAGACUGGUCAAAGGGUUUCAUUCUUUGAAGCUGUAAAGAUGGAAUGGAUUAUCUAUACAGAAGUAGAUAAACACACUAGAACAGUGACAUCAAUGACUCUACAGCAGGCCAUCGAAGAUGGACUUUUUGACACUGAUAAAGUAACUGUUCUAAACCAAAUAUCAGGCAGUCAUGUUCCACUAUCUGAAGCCUUGGAAACAGGUUUGAUAGAACCUAGCUCUGUUUCGAUUUAUAACACCAAGAUAGAAGACUUAGUUUCUGUAAAAGAAGCAGAAGACAGUGGUCUUAUAAAUCUACCUCAAAACACAUAUGUCAACCCUAUAACAUGUCAGGAAAUCACUCUAGAAACUGCAUACAAGAGAGGCUUGAUUGUCAUCACUAGGCGCCCUGUAUCACUGGAAGCUGUUAUAAAGAAAGGACUCUAUAACCCAACAACUGGUGUGAUAAAAGAUCCUGUAACUGGCCAUCAAAUGGAUUUGGAUCAAGCUGUUAAGAAAGGCUUGGUGGAUGCAUUUAUAACUGAGGUGAGAGACAUAAAGAAUGAAAACUUUGUCUCUUUGGAUGAAGCACUUGAAACAAAAAUUAUUAUCCCAAGGUCUGGAAAAAUGCGAGACACAGCUAGGAAUACCCUUCUAACAUUGGAUGUAGCAGUGCGAAAAGGUCUGAUAAUUACAAACAGAAUCCAGAUUUCCCUUGUUGAUGCCAUUAACCAGAAGCUGUAUUGUCCAGAGACAGGAAAGUUUUCAGACCCAGCAACUGGUGAAGAUCUGACUUUGGAUGAGGCUAUUAAGAUAGGUUUUAUUGAUGUUGAAUCUGUAAGGGUGAAAGACACUAGAUCUGAUGUCUUAGUUCCUCUGAAGGAAGCUAUUAUAACCAGGAUGGUAGAUGGUCAAGCAGGAACACUUACAUAUCCAAAUUUGUUGACUUUGGAUGUUGCUUUAUUGAAAGGUUUCUUGAUAACCACAAGAUUUCCUUGGGCACUUCAAGAGGCUCUCGAACAUCGUAUGUAUGAUACAGAAACUGGUCUGAUGAUUGAUCCAGAUGGUGAUGAAAAAGUCACAUUAGAAGAGGCAAUCAGACGUAAGUGGAUUGACAAAGAAGCUUUAACAGUGAAAGACCCUCGCUCAAGUGACAUACUUACUCUCACAGAAGCCAUUAGAGUAGGCAUAGUUGAUCCAGUUUCUGGAAUGGUUACUGAUCCAACUGUUGGCUCUGAAAUGCAGUUUUUUGAUGCUUUAGAGAGGGGACUGAUCAUUCCAGCAAAAAGAAGAUUCUCUCUACCUGAGGCUAUAUAUAAAGGAUUUUAUGAUCCCAAGACUGGCAAAUUUGUGAGCCCAGAGUCACAAGAAAAAUUACCAACAGAUAAAGCUAUUAGGGGAGGUUUUAUUGAUCCACAUUCAACCCUUGUUCGAGAUGAGAUAUCUGGUCAUAUUUCAUCUUUCAAUCAAGCUGUGGAUGAAGGAGUUAUUGAUAUCAAGGAAGGUAAAAUUAUGGUGAACAAGAUAGGUAAAAAACUCAACUUCCAAGCAGCUUUUGAUCAGGGACUUUUGAUUGAGAUCAGAAGGCCACUAGCAGUUCGAGAAGCCAUUCAGAAAGGAGUGUAUGAUGAAACGACUGGCUGGUUCUUAGAUCCCUCUGUAGGACAGUGGAUUACUUUGCGAGAAGCCAUCAGUAAUCAUCUGCUUGAUCCUGAUUCUGUCCAUGUGAAGGAUACUCGUACUGGAUUCCUAAAGAAACUUACCCUUGUUGAUGCAAUGGAGGCUAGUUUGGUUAAUGGAGAGAGUGGACGAGUAGUGCAACCAGAUGGAAAAGAAGUGUCUUUCAUCACAGCUUUUGAAACAGGCCUGAUUAUGGAAAGCAAAAUGUCCAUCUCUGUACAGAAAGCAAUCCAUCAAGGACUUUAUAGUGAAGAAACUGGUAAGUUCACUGAUCCAAACACAGGCAGAAAGAUUACACUCCACGAAGCUGUCAGGCGAUUUGUGAUUAAUGCCUACCUACCUUGUUAUUGGGAAAAAUCCUCUUGUAAGCUUUUAACGCUAAUAGAAACUAUCCGUGCAGGUAUCAUAGAUCGCAGAGCUGGGAUAUUUAGAGAACCAAGCACAUCAGUUGAAAUGCCCUUAAAUGUAGCACUAGAAAAGGGCUUCAUUGUUGACAUAGAAAAACCAUUUGGAUUGUUUGAAGCCAUUACAAUGGGUCUAUAUGUAGCUCCAACUGGGAAGAUAAUUCAUCCAACCAAUGGUAGAAGGUUAAGUCUUGAGGAUGCAGUGAAAGAAGAAGUUAUUGACAGUCAGUCAUCCAUUAUAAAAAAUAAAAAGACAGGAAAAUACAUGAAGUUACCAGAGGCUAUUAAAACUAAGCUAAUAGAUCCACAUCAAGGUCGCUACAUUGUACCUGGAACCAAAGGAGAGCUAGAUUUUUAUAGUGCAAUUGAAGAGUGCUUAAUUGUUAGUGCAAAGAAGCCAUUAACUCUAAAAGAAGCUUUAAAUAUGAAGCUUUUUAAUUCUGAUACUGGCAAGUUUACAGACCCAACGAUUGGUGAUCAAUUAAAUCUUUCUCAAGCAAUUGAACAUGGUCUAAUUGAUGGUAAUACUACAUCUGUUCAAGAUCCAAAAUCUGGCCAACUGAUGUCUAUUAGGGUAGCAAUGGAACAAAACUUUAUAAAUGUGAGAACAGGUACUAUUAAAGACCCACAGACAGGCAAGUUAGUUUCCAUUAUGAUUGCAUUUGAACGAGGAAUUAUUGUCACCACAGAACGGCCAAUUACAUUCCAGCAGGCCAUGAGACGAGGGUCAAUAGACUUUACAAAAGGUACUUUUAAAGAUCCCAGAACCAUGACUGAGUGUACUCUGGAAGAAGCAAUAAAGAAUGAAUUAAUUGAUCCUGAGUCAGCUGUGGUCAAAGAUCCAGUAAGUGGACGUUUUAAAACUCUAAGACAGGCCAUUAGAGAUGGGUUGAUUGAUAUCAAGAAGAAAGCCAUGUUUGACCCCAUGACAGGAAAAGCUAAAACAUUGACCAUUAUUUUUGACCAAGGCACAAUAAUAUUUUUGAGAGAACCAAAAACAUUUGACCAAGCAAUAGAUAAUAAUUUACUACAUUUGACUUCUGGUCAGUUCAAGGAUCCAGAGUCCAAGGAAAGUAUGCCGCUUCAAAGUGCUUUAAAACAAGGACUUUUAGAUCCAGACUCAGCAGUUAUCAAGGAUACUAAGAAAAAGAGACUUUUGAAAGUUUUACCUGCCUUUGAAGAAGGAAUUUUGGAUCCUGACAAGAGUACUGUCUUAAACACUUGUAACAAUCAGAUCUUGACAAUUGGUGGAGCUCUUGAAGCAAACUUGAUUAUCACUCCAAGAAGACCUUUAUCUUUGUUGGAAGCUUUGGAAUAUGGAGCUUAUGAUUCAGCUAGUGGUUCUUUCAGAGAUCCAUUUACUCACCAUCUCUUAACCAUGAUUCAAGCUAUUGAGGCUGGAUUAAUUGAUCCCACUGACACUGUAAUAAGAGACCCUAAAACUGGCCGAAUCUUGACCAUCCAGCAAGCUGUUGAUGAAAAUCUGCUCAAUGCCCAAGAAGGUGUCCUUUUCAAUCCACAGAACCAGAAGUACAUCAGUCUUAUGGAGGCAUGGACAGGUGGAUUAUUCAUCACUGCAGAAACUCGGACUGCUGUUGAGGAGAAGUAUAAGUUAUCAGGAGACAACAUCUUGAAGUUAUUAAGGUGGAUUGAAGAAGUUGAAGGACGACUGGCUGACCUGGACCAGGUGCAUGAGAACAUUACAGAAUUACAGAAGCAAAUUGCUAGAGCUAGGGACAUUAAAGAUGACCUUGAUGAUCAUCAGAGACCUGUAGCAACAUGUUUGGACAAGGUUCGUCAGAUUGUUCAACAAGGAGCUGACGUUUUAAGCAAAGAAGAAAUUGAACAGCUACAGAAAGAUUCUAAUGAGCUAAAGAAGCGUUAUGAUAAGGUCUGUGAAGAGAGUGAGAAGCUACUACGCCGACUCUCUUCUUCACAAGAGGAGCUGGAGAAAUUUAAUGUGGAACUCCAAACAUUCAAAAAAUGGUUGAUUGAAGCUGAACAUAAGCUGAAUGAACAAGAGAAGAACUUAGGCGAUGUGAAGAACUUGAAAGAAAACAGUGAAACAUUCAAAGUUUUCAUGAAUGAUGUGAUUGCUCAUCAAGCUGAUCUUCGUUUCAUCACCAUGAUUGCCCAGAAAUUUAUUGAUGAAUCAAAGGAUUACUUAAAGAUUCUGAACAACUUUAGAACCAAUCUUCCUCGUCGACGAGCACAUGUUGAGCCAAAGGAGAGUGAAGUAAAGACUGAAGUUAGUGGGGUCAGCACAACAUACCACAACCUCCUCAACAGAGUAAACCGACUCAGUGAAAAGUUUUCAGGGGUGAUUGAAAAGCAGCGUUACUAUGUAGAAUGCUUGGAGAAGGCUACUGUGUGGCUCCAGGAUGUGCAAAAGUCUUCCAGUAAACUGUUGGGUGAACCCAUUGCAGCAGAGCCACGAGCAAUCCAGGACCAGUUGAAUAGAAUAAAAACAAUCAGCCUGGAUAUUGUUGGUCAAAGUCGACUUAUUGAGAAUACAAAACAGUCUGGAAAGUUUUUUAUAGAAUUCCUAGAGGGAACAGAAGUCAGCAUUAUUGAAAUACAGGUCAUUGAAGAGACUCUUCAAACACUGGAAGAUGACUAUUAUACUCUAAGUAAUGAAAUAAGUGAAAAAUGCAAUGAGCUUCAGACAGCCUUGGUCCAAUCCCAGGAUAUCCAGGAUGGCCUGGACCGUCUUCUUAAGUGGCUAGAUGAAACUGAGAAUACUUUCCGUACUCAGAACAAAGCCAUCAGCCUAAUCCGAGAGAGACUGGAUGAACAGAUUAGAGAACACAAGGUUCUUCAGACUGACAUAGAUAGCCAGAAGCCAAGCAUCAGUGCUGUUACAGACUUGGCCAAAGAUCUCACUGACAGUUCCAACCAGAGGCUCGCUAAGAAGGUUGAGAGUAAAGUGAAAGACAUAAAUACUCGUUUUGACAAGCUCUGUGAGAAGUCUCGAAAGCGAGGAGAGUUGUUGGAUGAGGUUGUAGCCAUGGUAAAAACAUUUGAGGUGAUGAUUGUUCGCUUUGAAGAAUGGAUCCAAGUGAUCACAGAGACUGUUGAGAGCAGAGAAAUAAUCCAGCUUAGUACUGAGGAGUAUUUUUAUCGAAUUGAAGAAGUCAUGAACCAGAGAACUGCCAAGAAAGAGGAUUUUGAUGAGAUAGUAAAAACUGGUAAAAACCUAGUCUCUAAAAGAGAUGUGACAGAUACUACACCAACAAAAGAUAAGGUGAAGUCUUUGGAACAACAAUGGAAGGAUCUUGGGGACCAUCUGACUGAAAAACAGAGAGCAGGCAAGACUCGUGCCCAACAACAAUCUGCUUAUGAAACUUUGAGGGCCAAGGUAUUGGAGUGGUUGGGAAAUAUAGAAAAUCGUGUGGAGGAGUUGGAUGUUGUAGCAAUAGACCAGGAUGUUCUUCAGAAACAAGCUGCAGAAACCAAGCAUCUCAUUAAGGAACACACAGACUAUGCACCAACUGUUGAUAAGGUCAAUGACCUAGGUAAUUCGUAUGAUGCCAUACUCCAUGGUGAGCGAGGAGACAGUCCCCGUCGGCGAGCAGGUAGCCCCACAAAGAAGGUUGCCUCAUCUCCAUCUGUUGCUCCUUCCAGUCCGACAAAGAAAUCACCACCUAGUGAGUACACAGAAACCCGACGUUCUCCUGAUGUUCAGUCUCCAACGCAGGCUAAGUUCAUCCAGAGUCCUUUGUCUACUGUAUCAAGUGGAUUCAGCAGUCAGCGUAGCUCAGCUGAUAACCUGAGAGGAGUAGAAGAUCUGUCUCCUGUUCAGCAACAAUUGUCAGAAAUAAACAACCGAUAUAGCUUGUUGGGAGUGAAGCUGUCUGACCGUCACCAAGAGAUUGAAACUUUGACAGAAGAAGUGAAGCGGCAUUUAGAAACAAUAAGGAUUCUCCUAACUUUUGUUAAAGCAAAGGAGAAGCAGUUACCUCAAGAGGCUCUUCCUGAAAACAAAGAGCAAGCUGGAAAACAACUACUGCUGCUAAAGACAAUCCAGGAAGAAGUUCAGGAAAAGCAACCAGACAUGGACAGAGUGAAAACACAGGCUCAGGAUCUUCUCAGGAAAAAACCAAAUGUACUUGGAUCAGACAAUCUUAGAAACCAAAUCAAUGAACUAGUUUCCUGCUGGACAGAACUAAUACAAGUCACCAAACAACAACUAGACUUGCUUCAGGGAUUUAAAGAUUUCCAGGAUACUCAUGACAUAGUGACUAAUUGGCUGACUCAGAAAGACAAGAUGUUGCAGGUGCUAGGGCCAAUUGCUUCUGAACCACGUAUGGUUACCUCUCAGAUGCAACAGGUUCAGGUUAUGAGAGAAGAAUUCAGGUCUCAACAGCCUCUCCUGGAUCGUUUGGAUAGCUCAGGCCAAGCAAUUAUUGAUAGCCUUGGUCCAGCCUCUCCAGCCAGUACUAAAGUUCAGGACCAAAUGGACACCAUCCACCGGACUUGGGAUGAUUUACUUAGACAGCUUGCUGAUCGUGAGAAGAGUUUAGAUGCUGCAUGUGGUGUCACUAAAGAAUUUCAUGAUACUCUGAACAGAUUGCAGGUCUGUCUGCAAGAGAUUGGUGACAACUUUGAUCAGCUAUCUGAAAGUUCUUUUGACAUUGUACAGCAGCUGAACACACUGAAUGACUUGGAGGGACAGCUAGAAAGUCAACGACCUCAUCUUGCAGGAGCUGAAAGUGUAUGUGAAGAGUUGUGUGAAAUUCUGAGUGAUUCAACCUCCAAGACAGAGAUAAAAACCAAGCUUAUCACAUUUCAGAAACAGUUUAUCAAUCUCACCAAGAAGAUAGACAACAGAAAGGCUGAGCUUGAGUCAUCUCAGAAAGAAGAUCAGGAGUUCUAUCUCUCCUGUGAAAACAUCAAGAUCUGGUUGGAUAAGAUGCAGGACUGUUUGUCCAAAACCUUGAACAUUUCUGCUGACCAUGACACCUUGACCGAACAAGUGAAAGAUUUUCAGCCAUUAUACAGAGAUGUUUUAGAUAAAGAACAUGAAGUCCACAUUUUGCUAAGUAAGGGAAGUGAUGUGGUUAACAAAAUAACCAAUAAAACAGAAGCUCUUCAGCUAAAGAACAAACUGGAUACCAUCAAAAUACAGUGGGAUUCAAUCCGUAAAGAUGCUCAUGAUAGGCAAAACCGGUUACAGAGAUGUGCUGAUACCAGCCGCCGGUUUCACUCAGCACUUGCUGAGUUUAUACCUUGGUUAGAAGAGUGUGAAAAGAAACUGGACUCACUUAAACCAAUUUGUUUCCAGAGAACAGAACUUGAUAAGCAAGUCAAAGAUAUUCAGACAUUUAAGAAUGAAUUGUCACGUCACAGCCAAGAAUUUGACAACAUUUGUAGCUUUGGUGAGGUCUUACUAGAUCAAACAGAUGUGGACCAACAAGAUGUGCAGCAGAAGUUAAAUGAACUGAAAGAACGCUGGGAUAGAUUGAAUCAAGGUGUAUUGGAACGAGCUCAAGCUAUGGAUAAUGUUUCUCGAUUGUUGAUCACAUAUCAUGACACUACCCGAGAUGUACAACAUACUUUACAACGACUUGAAGAUAAGAUGACAUCAUUUGAUGGUCUCAGUGAUGUUGUAUUGUUAGACAGGUUAAAGGUACUCCUAGAAGAAGCAAAUGACCUUUACCAUCAGUUAGAUCAAGUUCGAGAUUCUGCUGAUCAGUUGUUAUCUAAUGCUGGUCCAGACUCUGACAUUGAUCACAUAUCUGAGGAAGUUACCACAUUGGAGAAUCGUCACAAGCAUCUGAUUAAGACUCUCGAAAAUCGAUGUGCUCAACUGGAGUUUGCUACAAAUGUUCUUUUAGAUUUUACGAAUAAAGAGAAGAAGGUUCAGCAGGACCUGAGGUCUUUAGAAGAAGAAUUAGAUAACAUGGCUCCUGUUGCUCGAGUCAUCACAGUUGUGCAGACUCAAAUUGUGGAAAUUAAGGACUAUAUGGGUCUCUUGGAAAAGGUGAAUGAUGAUAUUGAAGAUGUAUGCCAGCAGGGAGAAAACGUAAUUCGCCAGGGCUAUGCUACAGACGUAACAGCUUGUAGAGAAAAACUUCACAACCUGCGUCAACAGUUUUCUCGUAUAGAAGAACGAGCCAAGGUACGUUACACCAUCUUGGAGAGCAGUCUUGCUCAGUUAGAACGUUUCUAUGAAGACUACGGUGAUACAAUGACUGAACUAGAUAAAGCUAUCAAAGAAGAAAAGAAUUUCAAAAUCAUAAGUGGGGAAGUUGAAACGAUAAGAUCGUUGCAGGAAGAAUUUAAGAUUUUCCGUAGAACCCAUAUUGAGCCCUUGAGUAAGCAGAUAACAGAUGUGAACAAGCUGGGUCAAGGUCUAGUUCAGUCAGCUAUGCCAGGCGUUGACACUACUAAGCUGGAGCAAGAUAUGGAGACUCUAAAUGAGAAGUGGAACAGUUUGAAAGAGAGGUUGAAUGAUCGUGAGAGACUACUGGACUUGACAUUGCUUCAAUCCGGGAAGUUUCAAGAAGCUCUUGAAGGAGUCCAGAAGUGGCUACAAGAUACAGAAGAAAUGAUAUCCAAUCAGAAAGCUCCUUCAGCAGAUUACAAAGUUGUGAAAGCUCAGUUACAAGAACAAAAGUUCUUGAGGAAGUUGCUUCUUGAUCGACAAAACAGCAUGACUUCACUUAGUGACAUGGGAACUGAAAUCAUGCAGAACCUGGAGCCCACUGAAAGAAAGCAGAUCACAGUCCAGCUUAAUUAUUUGACAGAGAGGUUUAACAUUCUUAUCACUGAAGCCAGAGAACGCAUGGAAGUUCUUGAAAAGACUAUCCCAGUUGCCCAAGACUUCCAGGACAAAAUAGGCCCACUGUUGGUGUGGCUAGAACGAGUAGAAAAAAGACUUGUUAUUAUGACAACAAUCCCAAUUGACCAAGACAAAAUCCAUGAACGGAUAACAGAGCACAAGGAACUCCAUGAAGAUAUCAUCAACCAUAAAAUCUUGUUUGAUGAGCUAAAUGAUGUUGGUGAAACCCUUGUAACUCUUGUUAGUGAAGAAGAAGCAUAUACAAUCCGUGAAAAGUUCCAGGAUACUAAUUAUCGGUAUGUCAAGGUGAAGGAAGAUAGUGAAAACAUCGGAAGAAUGCUGGUCCAGGCUCUGGAAGGUAUGGGAACCUUUUUGAUUAACUGUGAAAAGCUGUUGAGCUGGUUACAAGAGGUGGAUAACAAGCUUUCUCGCUACCAGAUUCUUUCUGUGUACGUGGACAAGCUUCAGGAACAGAUAGAUGAACUAACGGUGCUCCGUUCAGAGAUAGAAAGUCAUCAUUGGGAAGUGGAAAGCCUAAUAACCUCUGCACAGGAAAUUAUGAAACAUGCUUCAGGAGAUGAUGCUGUUCAAGUGAAAGAUAAAGCAGAUGCCAUACAGAGCAAGUUUAAUGAAGUAUCCCAGAGGUGCAAUGAAAGACAAAAGCAGGCACUAGAAGUCUUGCCACUCACCCAGAACUUUCACAGUUCUCAUGAACAGCUAGUUUUCUGGAUGGAUGAAACUGAAAGAAUCUUGAAAACUUUGGAGUCCCUUAGUCUCAUCACACAGGAGACCACAAUAGCACAAUUGGAGAAGGAAAUUCAUGAGUACCGACCUCUGGUAGAAUCGGUUAGUUCGCUGGGACCACGUUUGUGUCAGAUCUCACCUGGAGAAGGCUCACAUUUGCUAGAGACCCUUGUCACACGUGACAACCGUCGCUAUGAUGCCAUAUGUGAACAAGUCCAGCGUAAAGCUGAGAGAAUACAGUUAUCUAAACAAAAGAAUUCAGAGGUUAUGGCAGACAUAGAUGAGCUUUUGGAAUGGUUCCAGGGCACUCAGCAACAAGUUCAGGAUGCAGAGCCUCUGUAUCCAGACCCUGAUACUCUAACAGGCUUAGUCAAAGAACAGAAGGUUGUGAAUGAAGAUGUAAGUGGUCAGAAAAGCCGUGUUCGGGACAUUCUGGCUAAUGCUAAGAAACUGAUGAGAGAGAUGUCAACAGAGGACUUGAGUCUCAUCAGAGAAAAGGCUGAUGAGUUGAAAGACCUCUCAAGUUGUGUAUCCACCAUGUGUAUCGAUCGCAUGAGUGCCUUAGAACAAGCACUACCAUUAGCUCAACACUUUUUUGAGACUCAUGCAGACUUAAUCCAAUGGUUAGAUGAGGCAGAGGCUGAAGCAGAGCUGUUAGAGACACCUACCCUCAAUGUUCCUCAAAUAAAACGUCAGCAGGACAAAACACAGGAACUGCUGCAGUCUUUGAAUGAACAUAAACCUCUGGUGGACAAGUUAAACAAGACAGGUUCAGCUUUACUCAAACUAUGUGGUGAUGAAGAAGGGUCUAAAAUCCAAGAGAUAAUGGACUCUGAUAAUUCUCGCUACAACAGUCUGCGUGGAUUAAUACGUAACAGACAAAAUAAGUUGGAAGAAGCACUACAAGCUACAUCCCAGUUUUCAGAUAAGUUGGAUGGUAUGCUACAAGCAUUAAGUACUACGGUAGACCAGCUGGGCAGUGCUGAACCAAUUUCUGCUCAUCCAGAGCGUAUUGUAGAACAGAUUACAGACAACAAGAAUGUCCUUGAAGACUUGGCUAAACGAUCCACGGCACUUGAAGCUGUCAAACGUGCAGCUGAUGAUGUCAUUACUAAAGCUGGGAAAGACCAACCUGCUGUAGAAGAUAUCCGACAGAAGUUGGACCGACUCAAUGAUUUGUGGGAUAAUAUCCAGAAGUCGACAAAGAACCGUGGACGCUCUUUGGAAGAUGCUCUAACAGUAGCUGAAAAGUUCUGGGAUGAGCUUAAUGCUGUAAUGAAAGCUCUGAAAGAGCUGCAAGAAAACCUAAAUGCCCAGGAUCCUCCAGCCAUUGAACCCAGUGCCAUUCAGGAGCAGCAGGAAGCUCUUCAGGAAAUCAAGCAGGAGAUUGACCAGACUAGACCUGAAGUGGACCAAUGUAGGCAAGUUGGUCAGGAUCUGAUGCAACUUUGUGGUGAGCCAGACAAACCUGAAGUCAAGAAGCAUAUCGAGGAUUUGGACUCAGCCUGGGAGAAUGUCACCACCUUGUAUGCUAAGAGAGAACAGAACUUAGUGGAUGCUAUGGAGAAAGCAAUGAGUUUCCACUUCACCCUCCAGAACUUGCUUGAAUUCUUGGACAAUGCUGAAGAGCAGUUUACCAACCUUGGGCCAGUCGGAUCUGAUAUUGAUGCUGUGAAGUCACAGAUUGGUCAAUUAAAGGAUUUCAAGACUGAAGUUGAUCCGCACAUGAUUGAAAUUGAAGCUCUGAACCGACAAGCCCAAGAGCUGGUAGAACGCACAUCACCAGACCAGGCCCUUGCUAUUCGUGAACCAUUAGCUGAGAUUAAUAGACGCUGGGAUAACUUGCUGAGGGGCAUUGUAGAGCGACAGCAAGAGCUAGAAAAUGCACUCCUUAAGCUCGGUCAGUUCCAGCAUGCUUUGGAUGAACUCCUGUCUUGGAUCACUAGAACUGAAAGAACCUUAACUGACUUAAAGCCUGUUGCUGGUGACCCUCAAGUUAUUGAGGUGGAGCUAGCUAAACAUAAGGUCUUAGUCAAUGACAUUCAAGCUCACCAGAGCAGUAUAGACACCAUUAAUCGUGUAGGCCAUCAGUUAGUUGACACAGACCAUGGAAGCGAAGAUGCUAAUGUCACUCAGAAGAAAAUGAAUGAUUUGAACAUCAGAUGGCAACAACUUCAAGAUAAAGCUAUUGAACGACAAAAAGAACUUGAAGCAGCAUUGAAAGAGGCUGUAGCCUUCAAUCAGGAGAUUCAGGACCUUCUACUGUGGCUUAGUGAUGUCGACAGCCAGCUGGCUACUUCAAAACCUGUUGGUGGUUUACCAGAAACUGCUAAAGAACAACUUAACCGCUUUAUGGAGUUGUAUAAUGAACUAGACUCGAAUCGUCACAAAGUGGAAACAGUUUUGCAACAAGGACAGGAUUACUUAAAACGAACAAAUGAAGAUACAACUACAAAUCUUCAACAUAAUCUUAAAAUGCUGAAACAACGUUGGGACAGUGUCCUUAACAAAGCAAAUGACAGAAAGAUUAAGUUGGAAAUAGCUUUACGAGAAGCCACGCAGUUCCAUGAGGCACUGCAGGAGUUUGUGGAUUGGCUUACAAAUGCUGAGAAGUACCUUACAAGCAUGAAACCUGUUAGUCGAGUGAUGGAAACUGUUAUGGAACAAAUUAAGGACCACAAGAGUUUCCAAAAAGACCUGGGUUCACACAGGGAAGUGAUGUUAAACUUGGACAAGAAAGGUACACACUUGAAAUACUUCAGUCAGAAACAGGAUGUCAUCUUAAUUAAGAACCUACUUAUCAGUGUCCAGCAUCGCUGGGAGAGAGUGGUCUCUAAGGCUGCUGAGAGAACUAGAAUGUUAGACCAUGGAUACAAAGAAGCAAAAGAAUUCUAUGAUGCAUGGAGUGAGCUGAUCUCCUGGUUAGAUGAGGCUAAAGCCACUCUCGACAGUCUUACUCACAUCGGAAAAGAUCCGGAUAAGAUAAAGCAACUUUUAAACAAACACAAAGAGUUCCAGAGAGCUCUGGGAGCCAAGCAGUCCAAGUAUGAUACAACAAUGAAAAUAGGUCGUAUCUUAAAAGACCGUUGCCCCAAGAGUGACCUUCCUGGUCUUCAGGAAAUGAUUGAUGAAUUAAAGAACAAAUGGAAUGCAGUAUGCAACAAGUCUGUUAACAGACAAAGAGAAUUGGAAGAAGCUCUCCUGUAUUCUGGUCAAUUCAAAGAUGCUGUUGUGGCAUUGUUUGACUGGUUGGACCGAGCUAAAGGAAUCCUAGCUAUUGAGCAACCUAUUCAAGGUGAUCUGGACACAGUUACCUCACUUGUUGACCAACACAAGACCUUCCAAAAUGAGCUGCAGAACCGAGCUAACAACUUGGAAUCUGUCCGUCGAACAGCUGGUGGACUUCUGCAGACUGCAACUCCUGAAGAGAUGCAACAUAUUCAUAGCCAAGUGAACCAGCUUGAUGAGAAGUGGGAAGAACUCAUCAGACUGAGUAAUGAGAAACAACAAAGAUUGGAUGAAGCCCUUCAAAAGGCUGAGCUACUUCACAAGUCAGUUCACAUUCUCUUGGAGUGGUUAUCAGAUGCAGAGAUAAAACUGCGGUUCACAGGACCAUUACCAGAUGACGAGGAGACCAUUCGGCAACAGAUCAUUGAACAUCAGCAUUUUUUGGACCAACUGAAAGAACAAGAAGAUAACAAAGACAAGACGUUAGUGCUAGCUCAAGAGAUUCUACAGCACUGUCAUCCUGAUGGCAUCACCAUUAUUCGACACUGGAUCACCAUCAUCCAAUCCCGUUGGGAGGAAAUCUAUGUCUGGGCAAGACAGCGGGAUCAGAAGCUACAGGACCACCUUCGUUCAUUGAGAGAUAUUACAGACCUUCUAGAAGAACUGAUGAAAUGGUUGCUUGGUGCUGAAGCCACUUUGACAACUUUAGAAGCUGAGCCUUUAUCUGAUGAAGUGCCAGUUUUGGAACAACUGAUUACAGACCACCAGGAUUUCAUGGCAGACAUGACCAAACGUCAGCCAGAAAUCGAUCAGAUCACAAAAGCUUUCUCCAACAAAAGACAACCCUCUAAACAAUCUCACCACCCACCACACCGUGUUAAAGGUGGGAGACAUGAAGAUCGAAGACCAAGCCGUGGGGUGGGAGCUACAGGUCCUAAAACAUCAACACCAUCAAAACCAUAUUCUGACCCUGAAAUCAAGAAUCCCCAUGCAAGGGAUUUGCUAGACAAGUGGAGAAAUGUCUGGCUACUAGCAAUGGAACGCCAACGCAGGUUACAAGACAAACUUAAUUAUCUGAGAGAGCUCGAAAGGAUUAAAAAUUUCAACUUUGAUGAAUGGAGACGAAGAUUCCUAGGCUGGAUGAAUAAUAAGAAGUCCCGUAUCAUGGACCUGUUCAGAAAAAUUGACAAGAACAAUGAUGGAAGAGUUACAAGAGCAGAAUUUAUUAAUGGCAUACUGAAAUCAAAAUUUCCAACAAGUCGUCUUGAAAUGGAGCGAGUUGCUGAAAUCUUCGACAUAAAUGGAGAUGGUUUUAUCGAUAACAAAGAGUAUAUUGACACACUUAGACCAGAUAGAGAGGGACGUCCAAAAACUGAUGCUGAGAAAAUUCAGGAUGAAGUUCAGAGACAGGUAGCCCAAUGCUUGUGUGUUCACAAGUUUAAGGUCUACCAGGUCGGUGAAGGCAAAUAUCGUUUUGGUGAAUCUCAGAAGUUGCGACUGGUUCGUAUCUUGCGCAGUACCGUGAUGGUACGUGUAGGGGGUGGUUGGGUGGCACUUGAUGAAUUUCUUGUGAAGAAUGAUCCCUGCCGAGCCAAGGGACGCACCAAUGUUGAGUUGCGGGAACAAUUUACUCUAGCUGAGGGGGUCAGCCAAUCCAUGUCUCCAUUCCGAGCCAAGCCCAGCUCUAAUGCAUCACAGUCCUCCCAUAGCGGAUCUUCCUUUGGCCGCUCAGGCUCAAUCCCAUCCACAGGGCCCAUCACGAAGGUUCGUGAGAAAAGUGAACGAAGCACACCUCUUCAAAAGCGUCGAACUUCAGGUACUGCAGACACAAGUAGUGAAAGUGGUCCUAGUUUCAGUGAGACUGAUAGCUUUGGUGCCAGGUCUGGACGGCCAUGGCUGACUCCUACAGCUCAUCGGGGUACUCCAUCAGGUACCAAAACAUCAAGUCGCCCUACUAGCAGAAAUGGAAGUCGUCCCUCUAGCAGACCAUCAAGCAAGCCACCAAGCAGAGCUGGCAGUGACUUGUCUACUGAUAGUGUGGAAGCUUAUCGAAGUGCCCGCAGAACACCAGUGGGUAGUACUAAAAUCCCAGCAAGCACUGGCAGACAGAGAACACCUAGUGGCUCAUCUCAAACAUCAGCCACAAAGAGUGCUAGCUCUACACCAGGAACACGGAUUCCCACAGCACGGAAAACAUCUUCGUCUUCAACUGGUAGGGCUGAUGGGAUCAAAGGCAAAGAGAGAUGGAAAUAACUGGAUAACCAAUAUUCAGACGUAACCUGAACUGUGAUCUUGAAGUAGUUAUUUACCAUUCUUUGAAGUAUCGUUGCUCAAAUUACAACCCAAAUUUUGUGCGAUGAAGAGUACGUCUGUUAUCAGCAUUUAAUUUCCAGCUUAUUUUUUUUAGUGUUUAGCACACAAUGAUGAACUACUUCAACCUUAAUACUGGCUAGGACUAAUCUAAACAAGAAAGAUGGCAUAGAAAAAAAAAAGAAAACUAGUUUUAUUUUAAUCAUUGAAGCUUGAGUAUUUAAUAAAGUUGUAGUUUUAAGGAACUUUUGAAAAAAAGAGCUUAAUGAAAUGCUUUUUGAGCACUGUUAAAGUUAGGGAAAAAAAAUUCUGUAAUGCUCUCCUAACAUUCCGCUAAAAACUUAUGGCAUCGGAAUAAGAGGGCAAGGAAAUAGUUCCCCAAACUUGAUAUGGAGAAUCUCAACUGAGCUUUGCUAAGGGUCACAGCAAAAAAGUGAAGAACAUAUAUUCUGGGUAUUGUAAGGGCUUGGAUGAUCUCUAGAGUUGUAAUUACUUUCCUAACAAGUUGUUUAUGUGCUCACUGGGGCCUAUCUUAUAUCACUGUGAAGAUCAUGUUUUGUUCAAAGUGCCAAUCUUUUAAGUGGGUUUUGUUGUGUUAAAAGUUGCCAAAAGUCAUUAUUUGUGUUGCUCUGUAGUAGGUUCAUGUUUGUGGCAGCUCUUCUGUUUAUUUAACCAAUUGCUUUUCCCAGAAAUGAUAUGCUUAUUGAACAGUUAUUUUAAAUUAUCGGGAUGUAUACAUUCCUUUAGAAGUGUCUUUACAACACACACAUGACAAUUCUUGUAAGCCAAGGUUAGGUGAUGGGACUUAACUUGGGAUUAAUAACCUUGGUCUCAAAUUAUGAGUAUUGUUUAAUAAAACCCUGUCGUUCAAUGUAAUUGUUGCUUUUAUGUAAUUCAAUAAACAGAAAUAAUAUUAGCCUUA